UCGACAAACGUCAAGGUGUACGAUUAUAAAGUUCAUAAUGGGUUAUCAGUAUUGAUUAAUUUCGUUCAUGUUAAUAUAAAACACUUCUAUAUUAAACAGAGUCUCCAAGACAAACAGCCCGAUUUUAUGUCAAAAAUGAAUGGUAAAUUAUUCAAACAGUGUUACAGUACAGCGAUCUCAAAAUUUUAUCCAACUUCGGGGUCACUGGUAGAGAACAGUAUAAAUUCAGCACAGAGGAAUAUAAACUUUAAGACUUUUGUAUCAAAGAAGUUCAUACAUAAUUCAGCAAUUAUGAACAGUCUUCUGAAUGGUAAUUUGUGGGACACGGAUCCCGAGCUGUUCGAAAUAAUAAAGAAAGAAAAGCAGCGGCAACGACAUGGCUUGGAGAUGAUUGCCUCCGAAAAUUUUACAUCAGUACCAGUACUACAAUGCCUCAGUUCCUGUCUUCACAAUAAGUAUUCAGAAGGCAUGCCACAUCAAAGAUACUAUGGAGGAAAUGAAUACAUAGAUGAAAUAGAAAUAUUAGCACAAAAACGAUCCCUUGAAGCAUUUAGAUUGAGUGGUGAGCAGUGGGGUGUCAAUGUUCAGCCAUACUCAGGUUCUCCGGCUAACUUUGCCGUUUAUACUGGUGUUGUGGAACCACAUGGAAGGAUUAUGGGAUUAGAUCUACCAGAUGGUGGUCAUCUUACACAUGGAUUCUUCACUGCUACUAAGAAAAUCUCCGCCACCUCUAUCUUCUUUGAAAGCAUGCCUUACAAGGUGGAUCCUAAAACUGGCUUAAUAGAUUACGACAAGUUGGCAGAAACUGCAAAGUUAUUCAAGCCUCGUUUAAUAAUAGCUGGUAUCAGUUGCUACUCUCGUUGUUUGGAUUAUAAACGAUUCAGACAAAUUGCUGAUGAAAAUGGCUCAUAUUUGCUGGCUGAUAUGGCACAUGUGUCAGGACUUGUAGCUGCAGGUGUCAUUCCAAGUCCUUUCGAAUAUUGUGACAUCGUUACAACUACGACGCACAAAACAUUAAGAGGCCCAAGAGCGGGAGUGAUUUUCUUCCGCAAAGGUGUUCGAUCGGUGAAUGCAAAUGGCACUAAAGUCAUGUAUGAUUUUGAGAACAAGAUAAACCAGGCUGUAUUCCCCGGCCUGCAGGGUGGUCCUCAUAACCAUGCUAUUGCAGCUAUCGCUACAACUAUGAAACAAUCAAUUUCGCCAGAAUUCAUUGAAUAUCAAAAACAAGUAAUAAAGAAUGCAAAGCGGUUAUGUGAGGGUCUGAUGUCACGUGGUUAUGACAUCGCAACUGGCGGUACUGAUGUACAUCUGGUGCUAGUUGACAUGCGGAGCGCUGGAUUGAGUGGUGCGCGCGCUGAACGCAUCCUCGAGUUGUGCAGCAUCGCCUGCAACAAGAACACCGUACCUGGUGACAAGAGUGCACUCAACCCUAGUGGCAUACGACUUGGUACUCCUGCAUUGACCACACGUGGCCUUAAGGAAACCGACAUUGAUAGGGUAGUUGAUUUUAUCGACAAGGCUCUUAAACUUGGGCAAGAGAUCACAAAAAUAUCAGGUCCGAAAAUAGUUGAUUUCAACAAAGCUAUAGAAGAAAACGCUGAGCUCAAUAAAAAGGUAGCUAACCUUAGGGCCGAGGUGGAAAAAUUCAGCGCGACAUUCCAAUUGCCUGGCUAUGAAACCUAUUAAUAAGAUAGAAAACUUCUAUACUACAAGAUACUUUUUUAAUUGUUCCUAAAUAAUUCGAAUAUAUACAUUUAAGAUGUUAAAGUUAUUA